UGCUCUGGCUCCUCCUCUUUCCGUUUCACUCCUCGACAAGUGUCGUCGCAUCGAUCCUUCUCUUCCUCGCCUUCUUUUUCCAUCUAACUUUGUCAAUUUGAAUCUCCAUCCAUGUCGGAGGAGAAGCACUUCAAGUACGUCGUCCUCGGCGGCGGUGUUGCCGGGGGUUAUGCGGCAAGGGAGUUUGCUAAGCAGGGGCUUAACCCCGGAGAGCUCGCUAUCAUAUCGAAGGAAGCGGUGGCUCCAUAUGAACGUCCGGCGCUUAGCAAAGGAUACCUUUUUCCUCAAGGUGCUGCAAGACUUCCAGGCUUUCACGUGUGCGUAGGAAGUGGAGGUGAAAGGUUACUGCCUGAAUGGUAUUCUGAAAAAGGCAUAGAAUUAAUACUCAAUACUGAAAUUGUGAAAGCUGAUCUUACCUCCAAGACUUUGACUAGUGCAACUGGAACGGCCUUUACUUAUGACAUUUUGAUAAUUGCUACUGGUUCCUCUGUCAUUAAGCUCUCUGACUUUGGUGUUCAAGGAGCAGAUUUCAACUACAUACUUUACCUGAGGGAAAUUGAUGAUGCUGAUAAGCUUGUUGCAGCAAUAGAGGCAAAAAAAGGUGGAAAGGCCGUGGUUGUUGGAGGUGGAUACAUUGGUCUUGAACUUAGUGCAGCCUUGAGAAUCAACAACUUUGAUGUCACGAUGGUGUACCCUGAACCUUGGUGCAUGCCUCGGCUUUUUACGGCUGAUAUUGCUGCAUUCUAUGAGGGCUAUUAUGCUAAUAAAGGGGUCAAAAUUGUGAAGGGUACAGUGGCCGUUGGGUUUGAUUCUGAUAAAAAAGGGGAUGUGACUGCAGUAAAACUUAAGGAUGGGAGAGUGCUUGAUGCUGAUAUUGUUGUUGUUGGUGUUGGUGCAAGACCACUGACAACUCUCUUUAAAGGUCAGGUUGCAGAAGAAAAAGGCGGAAUCAAGACGGAUGGGUUCUUUGAAACAAAUAUUCCCGGUGUGUAUGCUGUUGGUGACGUGGCCACCUUUCCUAUGAAGUUGUACAGUGAAUUGCGGAGAGUUGAGCAUGUCGACCAUGCCAGAAAAUCUGCAGAACAGGCAGUGAAGGCAAUCAAGGCAAGUGAGAAGGGAGAAUCUGUUGAGGAGUAUGACUACCUGCCAUUUUUUUACUCCCGCGCCUUUGAUCUAUCGUGGCAGUUCUACGGGGACAAUGUUGGAGACACGGUUAUUUUCGGUGAAAAUGACCCAGCAUCGCCUAAACCUAAGUUUGGCUCUUACUGGGUUAAGGAUGGUAAGGUAUUUGGGGCUUUCCUCGAAGGCGGGUCACCAGACGAGAACAAGGUGAUUGCCAAGGUAGCAAGGGUCCAGCCACCUGUUGCAGAUGUGGAAGAACUGAGAAAGGAGGGCCUCCAAUUCGCUUGCAAAAUAUAAAUCCAAAUAAUUGAGAAAUCAUGCUGUUUUCCACUGUCAGUGAGUGCCUUAAUCUGGUCUCUGUCCAUCAAAUAAUUAAGAUAGUUCUUCUGGUCAACUUUUGUGAUUUCCUGUAAUCUAUCUUAUUGUGUUGUGUAAUCUCGUGUUUCUAGAUUAUGAUAGUAAGUUGAGUAUGGUGUUUGGUCGGAUUGAUCCCACACUGAGCAAACUAGUGAAAAUAAACUUUCGAAUCAACAAACACCUCGUGAUCUAAGCCACAAAAUGCAGCAGAUGCUUUUAGUAUCCAUCA